GACCGCGCCGCGGCGCUGCUGGUGGACGGCGCGCUCGGCCGGAUGCGCUCGGCGGGCGCGGAGCCGAUGGCGCGCUUCGACCAGCCGGCGCCUGCUCCGCCAGGAGGGGUGCUGGCCUUCGGGGACUUCGGCGACGGCGGCAGCAGCGUGGCGCUGGCCAGGCUGCUGGGCGAGGAUGCGCGGUACAUCCUUGAUUGCCUCGGGGAGGAUGCGGGUAUGAGCAUGGUCCACCAGGCCUUUUGGCAGGCCGAGUUGUAUCUGCAGAGCCUUGGCACUGGAGGUCCGGAAGACCUCCUCGGGCAAGUGGAGCCAGGGGAGGUGGCACCGGAUGCGGUGCAGGAGACUAUGCAGGAGAUGGAGGCGAGAGCGGAACAGCACGCGCCCGAAAUGAGCAGUGAGCUGGAGGACAGCGUCCUCGUCGCCAGGCAGAACUUCAUCUCGACCGUCCGCUUCGGCUACUUCGUGCGCCGGAGCCGGCAGCGGCUCGCGCUCGAGCGGCAGUUGCGGGGCGCAGCGGCCGGAAGAUCGUUGGACGAAUAUUUGGCAGGUGUUGACCCUCGGGACGUGGUGGAGAUGGCGCGGGUCUCGACCCACGAGGCGGCGUUGGCAGUCGAGCACCAUGCGACGUGCAUGUUCGGAGACUUCAAGGACCUGUUCAACCCCAGCAACAUGACGAAGCUGGACAUGACGGUCGGAGACGCCCAGCGCCUCACCAUGCAGGCUGCCGCGUUCGGCGCCGCCCUGUUCGAAGCGGAGGAGUCGGCUGGCAGACGGUACAGCAUGCACUUCACGAGCUUUGGGAGCAGGAACGAGCGGUCCUGA